AUGAGAAAGUCCUUUGGUGGAAGGAUCUACAAAAAUACCGUUUAUAUUCGAGACGGUCUCUCGCCCUAUAUUGUUACAGAAGCCACAGCAUCAACCCUCGAUGUUCAAUUGAUUAAUAACAUCUUCAGGAAAGAAGGUUCUGGCAAGGCUGCAUGGAAGUUGAGUGACACCACCUUUGCCGUGAACAAUAAUGCAUUCUACGGCUCCAUCGACACUUACUCCAACGCUACCAAUUCGUUCACUGGGGCGCCAGGUCUAGCCGCUCCUGGAUUGAGGGACCCCAAGGCAUAUAAACUCCUGACUGGUUAUGCUACCUUGGAUUCUGCAAUCGCUGUGCCUGGUGACGCAGCCGUGUAUUUCUUCAACAACCCCACAAGGGCAAACAAGAAUCAGGGAUUCUACUCUGGUGCUGGAACAAAGACUCCGGCAUGGAUUAGUCGCUUCGAUGAUUCGAGUUUAUCCGGCUGGACCACCACAGGAACCGUCUCUAUUGUGGCACACCCGUCCGGCGGGCUAGGUAAAUCGCUUUCGCUCGCUUCUGGUGUUUCAAUUACCAGAGCUAUUUCUCUCACUGGUCCGUUCCGUCUUAAUGUGAGAAUUUGGAAUUCGGCUGGUACUGGCACCUCGCCAUCAGCUGAAAUCCUGGGGAUUUCGAUGUCUGCUACUGUGAAGUUUACUGCUAUUACACCCUAUAGACAAGGUGAAUGGCAAAUUCUGGAAAUUACUUUCUCUGACAAUGCUUCGAAUGUUACUGUGGACGGAGAAUCUGUCACUUUGAUCUCUGCAAAGCACAGUUCUAUAGUUACCACCGUAUUUGUUAGGAUUAAUGGUGGAUCGAUGGGUUUGAUUGUCGAUGAUAUAUUUGUUAUAGCUGUCUGA